AGCACUCAGGUAGCGGGACACUGAACGCAUCUGGACACGGUCGAACAAGACCCCGACCCGCUCGGUUUGUCCGGUAUCUUUUGACUGGAAACUGCACUGUAACCUUUGUGGAAUAACACCACUUGUCGUUGUAAACUUGUUUGAGAUUAUAAAGCGGUUGGGGGUUCACUUCUUAGUCGCACUCUGCCAUGAUGCCUGGAAUGGCUAGCUAUCGUUAGCCGGUAGAGCUAACGUUCAUCAUCCACCGUUGGGGGAAAGUAGCGGAGUCUGUGCCCGUUGUUUCUGUCGUGUGUGGGAGAGAGCAAACCGGGUUAAACAUGGAGAAAAGUAACCGUUUCGUCGAGCUGUUCCACCAUCUCCAAGACCCCCACCUCGUCGCCCGCUUUCAGGACAUUUGCGGGGUUCGCGGGACUUUUUCUAGAACCGUCGGCAGCAGCAAGGAAGCGGACCGGACUCACUCGCUCAAUAACGGGGCUUGCCACCAUCACAUCACCGGGGAAGAAGAGAGCGGAGACAAGGCUAAUGUUGGAGCAGGAGAAGGGGAGCAAGUGCAGACGGGUGUUCGGAAGAGGGAUACCGGUUCAACCCGCGUGGAGGAAAGUGAAAGUGCCACCCAGAAUGGGGCUGCUGUGUCUGCGGGCACACCGGGGGGAGAGGCGGCUGCUGCGGGGGGUAACGGUCGCAGCGUCGCGGGGACCGGGCCGGACAAAGACUCGGGUUCUCCUGUGAGCAGCACUUUGAAACCCCUCCGCAAAAACUCUCUCACUGGCGAUGCCGGGCAAGAGUUCCUGAUAGAGAACCGGUUCUUGUACUACAUGUUCACUUUCGGGACCGAGCUGGGCAACGAGUUCUUCUACAUCACCUUCUUCCCUUUCGUGAUGUGGAACGUGGACGCCUUUGUGAGCAGGAGGCUGAUCAUGGUGUGGGUGUGGGUCAUGUACCUGGGUCAGUGCACUAAGGAUGUGAUCGGGUGGUCUCGGCCCGCUUCACCUCCUGUGGUCAAAGUAGAGAUGUUCUAUAACUCGGAGUACAGCAUGCCGUCCACACAUGCCAUGUCGGGCACUGCUAUCCCCUUCUCCCUCUUCUUCUUGACCUACGGCAGAUGGGAGGUAAUGUCAAUCUAUUGUUGAUGUUGUUAAAGUGUUGAAAAAUAACUAAAUCUGAAUUUCAGGAGAGAAGGAGUAGUUGGCAGAAGUUGCUUCUCCUUGAUUUGAAUAAGGGAAGCUGAGAAAGUUCCUCUUGUGUUGUUACAUGACACUAUGUUCCUGUAUUUGCCCAUUUGGAAACAGCAGAAAAUGGUGAGAAUCAUUCCCUAGGAGUCGGGACUGUCCAACAUGACACUGAUAUUCCUACUAAAAGUCAUUUUAAAGCGCUUCAUCUUUAAAGGGAUAUUCCGGCAUAAAAUUACUGUAGGGUUAAACACACUGCAACACCGAGUUAGACACCCCCUCGAGAGAUGAAUAUUGACGUCCGCUUGCUUCUCUAGUUAUACCAACUUUAGUAACAACCGCAGACAGCAAGACAGAGGACCACGUGCUCAACCAAAACACCACUCUAUAGCCACAAAUAAUGCUCAGAACAGCACCUAACUUCCUCAACAGUACAUAUAGGGUACUACCCUAUAUUAUCUCAUAUAUAUGACAAAGAUGGACAGAGGAGUGAGGAGAUGGAGGACUACCUAUAUAUUAUCUCAGGAAAUUAUCUCAGGAGUAAAUUAGAAACGAUGUCACCACAAUGUUUUUGCACAAACCAUGCACAGACUACACAGUUUACACGAUACUCUUAACACUGUCUGCAGCACAAAUUGCAGACUAUGACGGCUAAUUAAAGGGGCCGCUCAAGCCAAUUAAACAUGCUCAGUUCAUUUCUGUUUCAAGCUUUUUAAGAAGUCUCUUGCGUGACGAUGUGCAAUAGAAAUGUAAACAGGCAAAUAGACCCUCGUCACAGUUCUUAUCUAUUUGGAAAUACAUCACCAGCCAUAAUUGUAAGUUCAACAGACCUCCCAGCGAUGGUAGUUGCCAUCUUGGUUGUUUUCAAGCAGGCCAAUGUGUCAUCAUCUGAAAGAGCCUGAAGAGAACCAUGAUUGGUCGGACAUGUCUGAGAGUGGAGGGACAUUGUUUAGAAUGGAAGCAGGUCCAGAUCCUCCUGCUAGCACAAAUGAAAGGGUCUGACAAUGACGACACCCGGCUGGAAAUGUGGCCUGUAGGAGCUAAGUCGACACUUAAAGCUACUGAGAUGCUUGACCGCGAGUAACCUUGUUGACGCACCGCGCUACUGAGUUUUACCGUGAGUUGUGAUGAUCGCUGAAAGUCCGGACGCUGUUCCUCAGAUUCAGCAAACAAAAAAUGUAUAGUUAUGAACAUAACCAAAUCUAUUUUGCAUUAUAUAUCCAACAUUGAACAAACAAGGAAAGCGCCGGCAGUUAGCGCCACAACAGUCAAAAACCUUUUUCCCUUUUGGGUCAAACACCUGCCCACAACAGUGACAUGGCUACCAGAUAACAAGACAGCGACACCCAAGGCACAUAAAGUGAACUGCAACUCAUUAUAUGGUGUUACAUUAACAUAUUUGUCUCUGUUUGCGUAUUCAUGCAUUGAGUCCUUUAGUAAACUUGUUUAAGACGUGUUACUGUCCUCUUACACACAGCAGCAUGUCCUCUACUGUCUUCCUUCUUUAUGUCUGGUCUUUUCACAAUAUAUAUUUCUUCGGUUUCUAAAGGUGAUCUCCAUGGGAACAAGGCUUGUGCAGUUCGCAAUGACAAGAAAUUUGUUUCAAGCCUAACCAUGACAAAAGAUGCACUUGUUCACGCAUUAUCACACAGAGACUCCCCUUGUUACAUUAAACACAUACAGACAUGAGAAGUGCCAACUCUUGAUACAGGAUCAGUCAGACUCUGGCCUCUGAAGUCAGUCCUCUGAAGCUGCAUCAUUAACAAUUAAUGUGCGGUUGGCCGAGUGGAUACAGUGACAGCAGCCAUGGCAGCUGUACAGCUGUAUGAGCACAUUUGUUUACUGCUCGGAGUCGAGUGUGAUCAGGCUCACUGCGGUUACAACAAUAGUAAAAGGCUGACACCUCACUAAGCUUUUUACACAGCAGGGAAGACAGUCAUUAGCUUGAUGAUAUUUUCUGCAGAUAAUGGCUUUGUUUAUAUCACUAACUCACUGAUCAUUGAUCUCAUAUUCCACCUUCUGCUCUUCAGGAGUGUUAAACUUCAUCAAAAGUCGCUGGAGUGUCUAAAAUCAUUAAACUAACACGCACGCAGGAAUUUUGUUUUCACAAGCCGAUCUCAGUUGUUCCUUUCUUCACCUCCUCCUAUUCACUCUAGAGGAACAACCCUCCAUUGUGUCCCAGUCUGUAAAAGCCAACAAGAAGGUCUGUGUAGUCCACUUCUAUUGUCCUGCUCCUGUGCAUCCACACAGAUGAGAUCAACAAACUGCAGGGAGUACAUUUGAUUCUCGUAGAUCUGAGACUCGAGGAAAACUGGAGCAGCGAAUCCUCAGCUGACUGAAAGUUUUAUGCCUCGUCUUAGAAAGUAGGAUCAGUACUUUCACCUUUUCUUUGCAGUUAAACAGAAAAAAAACCUUCACAAUGUCAAGUUCAAUAUGGAAAGACUAACAAUAGAUGCUCUUCUCUUUUUUAGUAUUCGUCAAUAUCUGAGCCGCUGGUGCUCCAAUGGUCUGCUCUGAUUAACAGUUGUUGAUAGGCAUACAAAGGUAUUGCUCCGACAGCCACAAUUCCCAUAGUGCUUAUUUAUAUUCCCAUAGAAAUUCAGUGAUGUUACACCCAUCGCUUUGAUGUGAGUUGGGGUAACAAAAAUAUCCCAGACUUUUGAAGCAGAAAAGCGUGGGAUCUCUGUUUUUUCGUGGCUCGAAUCACAACAGGGCGAGAGCAGAGGUGGGACUGAUUUACAGCACUCAACCCCCCCUGCCCGUCUGCUGCAGCAGAUGAUAAGAGAACCGACACCUGACCUUGGAGUGUGGGACUCCAAGAUAACACAGACGUAUUGUCUGCAGCUCUCUUAUAUCACAUUCAGUCUGUACUUAGAAAACUGAGUUUGAAAAACACCACGAGUCACGGAAAAUUUCAGAAACUGAUCCUCAAUUUUCCAGAGAAUCAGUUUAUGUCUGGGUGAACGCUGAGCAAACAGACUCCACAUGCUGUCUUCAAUUAGAAAGUGCUGACCUGUUUGUGCCUGUUUAUCUCUGCUUUGCCUUCGCUGUUAUCAGUUUAGUGGAGAGCAUGUGAAAGUGCAAGCACCGUAAUCUGACUGCAGCCAGUCACAUUACAUGAAGAGGAGAUAGGAUGUAGCGAGGAGGUGAAUUCACGGAUUUUAAAGCAGUGAGAGCCACGAAACUGAGUUGUUCUGUCUUUAUCUCUGAGAGUAGACUAAGACUUUUGUGAGAUGUUUCUACGGUCUGUAAUUUCCAAAAUGUAUCUAGAAAUAAAAAGGAUAUUUUGGUUUCUAACUAUGAAGCAAAAAGUAAUUUAGCUGAUGCCAGGAGGCUGGGAUUAUUUCUGUUUGGAUUAUAGUACAACAACCCUUUACUUAAAUAGAUAGCAGGCAGCUUACAGUUAGCUGUUGUUGUAUUUACCCUACUACAACUAUAUACGUCUGCAAAUGACAGCCAGGCCUUCAGGGAGCUGCAAAGUUGCAAUUAGAGAAUUCAUACAAAUUUAAUCUACACACCUUAUCCAUGAUGUUGCAAGUUUUGCACGUCUAAGCAACUCUUUUACGAGUUUACCCCUCAAACCUCCCCUCUGGUUGCCAUGUUGACAUGUAGUUAUUGUAAGACUGGUUUGUGCUGAAGUCCUCUUUUUUUCUGUACAGCUCCAUUUUUAAAAGUUAUUAGGGUGUUUGUGUUUUCUAUGAUUGACAUUUGAUACCGCCUAUAGGCGGACGAAGAUUGUGAGCUCACAGGGGGAUAAGCUGUUUGAGCCGAGCGUCAUCACAGCGACUCUCAGCGUUUCCCCUGCCAAGUGGAGCUACUGCACAAGUGGUGGAAAGCGUACAACGCUACUGCCCAAUGUUGGUUGCAGGAAAUGGAGGAAAAACGCAGAAUUAACAAGAGCUUUUCGGCUUCAAAUCCAUACAGUCUAUGGUUUCAACCAACAACUAUUCUAAUAGUCGGCUAGUCACCGACUAGUCGGAUAAUUAUGAAUUUUUUCUUAAAUUUAACAUGAGGUUGCUCUCUAAGCUAAAAUGGUCUCGAACUUUGGAGGUUUUUAAGCGCGCACUCGUAGCUGUUGUAUGGGACGCUGGCGCUGCAAUGUUUACCCUACGGCUCGGCGGAGAUGCUAUUGCGCAUGUGUGACUCUAGGCAGAGAUCAUAAUGAAGUACGACGCCUCACUCCACAACAGUCGUCAAUGGAAUUCAUUGUUGACUUUUUUCAUUAUCGAUUGUUGUUGACAACGUUGACUGAUCAUUGCAGCCCUACCGUACUCACUCCUUUAAUGCUCAAAAUAUUGAUACUAUCAACCUACCUACCUUGGCCUACAAACCAGAGAGGUAACUACAUACAGAUAGGGCUGGGCGAUGUGUCCUCAAUUCAAUAUCACGAUAUAUUGAGCAGUUCACCUCGAUAACGAUAAAUAGACGAUAACUACUCUACAAGCUGCUCACCCCCUCCCACUUUAACUUCGUCUACUUCAGCCGCCGCUCCAGCCGCUACAACUUUAGAACCAUCCUUCAUCUCCUCACCCUUCUGUCCGUCUUUGUCACAGACUGGAUGGGGUUGAAUCGUGUCUCUGAUGUAGGACAGCAUCUUAAAGGGACAUGAGACCAUAGCCUACCUACACACAUCCAAAACCAACUUUUAUUUACCGAAUAUAUUGACAUAUGCAAAAUGACGUCAGUUAUUGUCGUACACUUUGGUAAAUUUUAGGUGUAUCGCCCAGCCCUACAUAAAGGCGUUCAUUGUAAGCUGUGUGUGUGUCCUCCACAUCCCCUAACCUUUGCUGUAGUUUCCCAGCAAGCUAUCCUGCCUCAGCUGACUCGCCUGAGCACAGCUGGAGUGUUGGGAUUUGCAUGGGCCAGAGUCUCACCCUCCUCCUCCUCCUCCUCCCAUCCUACCCCAGCCCAGACAAUAACCAGAUCCAGAUGUCUCAGUAUGGAAGAUACUGGUAAGAGUGAAAUAAGGGAGAGGAUGCGGGGGAGAGGAGAGUGUUUGAAUGAGAGAAGAUAGGAGAGGAGGAGGAGGAGGAGGCAGAGGAAAGAUUAAAGAAGAUAGUAGAUGAGAGAAGAUUAGGGAGGAGGAGACGUGAGGGCAAGAGAUGGAGAGGAGAGGUUAGGGGCAAGGAGAGAAGAGAGGAUUAAUACACAGUAAGAAGCGAUUGAAGAAGAAGGAUAAAAGAGAAGAAAGUAGACCAGAGAGCUGGAAAGGGAGAUAAGAAGAGAAAGUAUAAGCUGAGAAAGAGCUAUAAGAGGGAUGAGAGUGAUACUCAAGAAGCUCAAACUGACAUAUCAGAGCAGAAAAACACGGAAUCAACGCCCGACUGAGUGAUACGACGUCUCAUUCUGUUCUCCAGCGGAGCCAGAACAGAAAACAUUCGAGUCAAGAGGCUUUGUGUGGGACUUCCUCUCUCUCUCCUCCUGCCGGACCGUUACAUGGGAACUGUGCAAACACGAUGGAGUCCAACAGCUGACCGUUUCCUACGCUCCGACCCUUUAUUUACAUUGCAGAUAAAUACAAAAGCUACAUCUCAUUGUUUGCAUUCAGAAGGAAAUGGAAAGUCAUGUUUGUUUGUUUUAUAAAGCUAUAGCGGUGCAUUGUUGGCGUCCAGCUACGACAGAUCUAUGGAUAAGAGGAAAAAAAUGAGCCGUGCGACAAUAGCCGUUGUGUCGAGUCGAGGCAAAAUGUACAUCUUUCAAGUGGAAUGACUUUUAAUGCACACCCUGGGUGGUUUGGAUGUGCAUGUGCUUGUGUUUGUGCGUCCGAACGCACUGCGUACACAAACCCUACACAGUCAAUAAGCAGUGUGCAGAGAACCACAAGCCACACAAAAAAACACACCACGCUCAUAAAACUCCGCUUGAGACGACCGCCGCAGCACCGCAGUGGUCACGGGCACGAGGCCAGAGCAAGCGUGCAAACACGGCCGUGGGACCCGCUGACACAAGCUCUGUUUAGACACUGAUUGGGAAACAUGUCCUCAGUCUCGUCUUCCUCCCUUUCCUCACCUCAGACACGAAGCUGUCUUUCCCUAAACAUGGAGCUUCGGCAGUCUGAGUCUGACCCAGCUUCAAAGCUAAUCCACACACACAACGCAGAAAGACCCCUGUUUCUCAACCAAAACCUCCCUCUGCUGCACUGACCUCGUUUUUCAAAGAGUUCUAAUUGACACUUUGAAGCAGAGCCUGCUGGUUAGAGGGACACCUGAAGGAGAGUCUCACAGGGGCUGUCUGACUGGAGCUAGACUGUCAUCUUUAGCGGCGAGCUUUAGAGUAAAACAGGGUCUGAAAACCUCUUGACAGCCUUCUGCAUAUUUAAAACAUGAUGAGUUUUGAUCUGGUUUUCUUCAUUCAUAGCAGGCUUCCUUUGAAUCUUAUCUAAUGCUGUGUUUUCAUACACCAAACACUGUUUAGACUACAAAUAAUCAGUCAUGAGGGAGAAAUCGGACUGUAGGCAGCCUCUCCUCCUCUUCCUCCCUCUUCUUGCUACAGGCCGAGUGUGUCUGUCAAGAGAACAGCAGAACUGCUGAAAUAUUUAUGAGAUCCUCUGAGUCGGGGCGCGCACUUCAGCCUAUAAUCAUUCUCAUCAUAUCACAGGAACGCAUAUUAUUAUCAACUCUAGCUGUAAACUGAACACUAAACUGAGAACUGCUGGACGUGAACCCUUUGACACUUUGAUUAUGAUUUUUAUGAUAAUCUUUAUGUUUGACCAAUAAACACGCAGAGAUGUGAUAGAUUUCCUUUGAAAGGGUAACUCAGUACAGAUAAAAACACUGUAUGCAUUUGAAUAAGUGUAGAUAAAAUAUUUCGAAAUGUGCGACUCCACGUAAAGGAGGGCUGAUUUACUGAUAAAGCAACCUUGAUAGAAGAAGAGGGUGAGGGUUUACAUUGAUAACAAUGUAAACUUUGGACAUCGUUGCUUUAUCAAUAGACUGAACAAACAGUCUGUCGCUGAAAUAAAGAUGCACAAUAUAAUCCACACAUUGUUAGAAUCAGCGAAUAAAAGCUUGAAUAGUUGCAGGUAAGAAGUUUUACUUAGAUUAGAAGCAUUUGGACAUGCGCUGAGUCGUCUGAUUUCGCUGAAACAACCACAGAAGAAGAAGAGCUGUAUUGACGCCUGUGCUGUCAACAAUCCAACACACACGGUAGUCGCUCACUCCAUCCAAUUCAGAAGUUUUCUCUCUGUUAAAUGUUGUCACUAGAUGGCGCCCUUGCCUACUUAUUUUACUGUUCUGUCAAAGAUUGCGAUGUGCGUGCAGAUGUGACAUCAUUACGCUGUAGGUACGCCCUGUUAUGUUAGCGGAGGAGCAGACACGGCACUUGUGGUUGUGUUAAUAAUGAAACCUCCUGUACUGGUCUCGAUAAAUAAAGAGUGAAGAUUGAGUCAGGUAAGAGAGUCAAAAUCGGAAUAAGUGUUUACAUGGACACGUUUCGGAAUAAAUAUCGUCAUAAACCACCUCUUUCAAUCGAAAUAAGUGUUCACAUGGACACGUUUUGGAAUAGUGAUUGGCAUAAACCACCCCUCUUGGUCGGAAUACAAUGUAUUCCUGAUUGAGCUGAAUUGGAUUAAAAUCUUGCGGACGACAUUUUUACAAGACGCAUUAUUCCGAUAUUUGUACCCGUGUAAAUGCAGCUGUUGACAGCAAAGCACCUGUUUGUAAGGAGGAGCAAAACAACACCCCUUACACACCGUCACUUUAAUUGUACAUUUCAAGACUGUCACUCUGAACAGCACUGAGAGUUGCUUUAUUAAUAUUUGUCACUCACUGUUGGUGUCACUUUGUUAAGGCUGCACUAACAACGUGUUCUGUCUUCUUGUCCACAGUACCCCUUCUCACUGGGCUUCAGCUUGGCUCUCUGCUGGUGUUUACUGGUGUGUGUUAGCCGAAUCUACAUGGGAAUGCACUCUGUCCUGGUGAGUACGCACACACACACACACACACACACUCACAUUUAGUGCCAGAAGGUUUGCCACCUUCAGUGCCAGCAUGGCCCCAUUCUGUUGGCUUGAACCUGAUAGCUGAUAUCUGGGAAACAGUAUCUGACUGGUUAACACCUCAACUCCAAAACAAGCGGCUUCAGUUUCUGGCGUCAUCUCCACAGUCACUUGUUGAAUUUAGUCGUGUAGUCAAAGUAAAACACUAAAAACAACCACAUAUUGUUUACAACACAACUGAUUUCUCUGGAAAAGUUAUGAAAUAUGCUGAAAGCUAAUUUAGGGACUUAAAACCGCCUUUGUGGAGUCGUUUGUAUGGCGUGUUGAGCAGGCAGGGUGUGAAACAGGAAACCUUUUCCACCCAUUGAUUUUAAGCAGGAGGUGGAAUCUGAACUUAAGCCUCCAAACAAUAGUUUUCCUGCAUAAAGGCGCUGCAGAAAAAAACAAGCUUAUAAACAUCUGCCAGGUGUCUGUUUACACAUUUGACCAGCUGUGGUUAUCAGAUUUGUAGAAGAAGAGUGCUUCACUAUAUUUUGCAUUUAAAGGGGAUUAAUGAUUUCUGAAGAGCCCUCUAAUUCAGCAUGUGAUUGGGGUUUUGACUUUUAUGAAAUCUUCUCCAGCCUCCGUCUGUAACACAUGGCUAAUCAGAAAUACGCCUGAUAUCCCCGUCAUGCUGAGACCUGACUCCGCCACCAUCUGAUGCAGACGUAUGUCGCCGAACGUCAUCAUCGUGGCCUGCAAAAACUUGCCUCUGCCUGCACCUUUUGUCUGCUUGAAAUCGUCUGCAGUUGGAUGUGUUCGCUGCUGUACAGUGCAGGUACAGUCAUGAAAUACAGAAUCUAACACCCCUGGGAGGAGGGCGUGUUCAUCGCGGGAGCCCUACAGUGAUGUCCUACUUCUCAAGAGUGUGGGCUCAACCUGCACGAAGAACAGAAGGCUGCUGGUGCCGAGCUAUGCAAACCAACUCGACGGUGUUUACCUUAAGGCUUUGUGCAGCCAUGUUGAAUGAGUUGUGGAGGGAUCCUUAUGAGGGUCUUAGCCUCUAUGCAUGGAGGGUUAGAUUAGUUAGACUGUGGAGCCACAAAUGGGUGUCAGAUUUGACUGUUUUUAUUGUUUUCUCAUCUUUAAACUUAAGUUUUAAGUCAGAACAUCCUAAAUAGAGAGAGCUAACAAGUUUGUACUGCUGGCUAAAGUUCCUGCACCGACCCCCGUAUGGUUCUUGGUUGAAUAUCUUCUAUAAUUUCAGCUUAUUUGGACCUAAAUCAUCUGACACUUCACCACAGCAGUGUACGUCAGCUCUCCUGUCCACGCUCUGGUCACAUUAACCAUCGUUUUUGUCAUAAUUUCACUCACGGGGAAAAUUAUCUCAGUGUUGAUGCAAGAGUGUCUGUCGCCACGGCAACACGCUCUGUGGUCACAGCUGUGUCAGAGGGAUUGAUGGAUGGUGGGAGCAGCAGACAUUACAGUUUGCUGGCCGUCCUCCCAGAUAAACUCCGGAAGGUUAAUUCCACAUCAGAGACGUCCUUUAAGGGCUUUCUGUGGUCGUCAGCGGGCGGUGUAGUGGUUUAGAGCUCCGCCGCAGGAUUCACACACACAUCAGUCCUCGAGCUCCACUUUUUAUCUCCAAAAAGUGUGAGCAGUAAAACUCUCAACUUUCUAAAGGUGUGACCAACAGUUCUCCUCAGAUAAACACCGACUGACCUAGAAACAGAUUGAAGAGGACUGGUUCAUUUGAGCUUCUAAUUAGAUUUAUUAUGCACAGAGAGAAAAUUAUAAGACACAGACUUGACUCAGCUUGAGGAACCGGGCAACAACUCCAGGCACGCCUAAUCUAUCCUGGCACUGAACCAGAUUCAAGCGCAUCCCAAUGAUGACAACACAGCAGCUAUAAAUGGUAGCUAUCAGGAAUUAGAGAUCCCCCCCAAAGGAUCUUCAUUAUUAUGACUCAAGGAUUUUAUCAGCAUUUAUCUCUGCUUAUCAUCAUGGAGGAUUUAACCCUCUUCAUCAGAGGUAUCUGUAAAUGCUUUUAAAGAAGUAAAGAAGUCUAUAAUCAUUUAAACUUCAAUUUAUAUUUAAAUAAUUGACAGUUCAGGUAGCCUGGUGUUCUGAAAAUAACUUUAGAUGACAUGUCUGGCUGGUAGAAAAGGCGACGACUGCAUCAUGACAGGUUCAUCCUCAUGGGUUAGUUUAGAGUUGAGCAAAGAUCUAAAAUUCUCCGAGACUUUGGGACAUUUCUCUUAUUAAAAAUAUGACAUAAUCUCACUGAAUCAUUCAAAGAAGCAGAUUAUUAUAGAUUAACUGUGAUGAUGCAGUGUGUAAAAAUAUGAUGUCUUUGAGCCGACUUCAGGGGACGUUCUGGGGAGGAUCAGACUUUGGGUAUUAUUAAGAUCCUGCAGAUAAAAUGACAUCACUGGUUUCUGACGGAAAGUAAACUAAAAAUGAAUGAAAUGUAUUGGUUCCCGUGGUUACAGACGCUGUUUACAUCUUAAAGAGAUUAAGCGCAACGAGUAGAAGACUUGAGGGAAAAGCAGAAGGAUUUUUAAGUUACAGACCACACGGUGGGUGCAAGCAGUGGUCACAGCCAUGCCUUGAGUGGCAGGCGGGAGCAGGACGAGGCAGAGGAUGAAGAGGAGAAAAGGAGGUGUGGAGUACACACUACAACAGGAAAAAGAAGUAAAAGUACUUUGUAGGAGGAAACAGAUGCUUAAACGGUGAAAGACUGCAUCUAGGGGUAAUUUAUUUUUAGACAUUCUCAGAUUUCUGAUUUUUGCAAACUCUGCUUGUGGUUAAAGAGGGAACAAUGGAGGUUAUCAGUCUACAGGCUUUUAGUGAAAAACUGACUGUCUAGUCAUCAGACCACAGUUCAAAAGUCAGCGUACAUAACAAGAGCCAAAGGUUUGGGUGCUUCCACCAGUGGGAAGUAGGUUUUGCGCAGUACACUGUUAAUGACACGGCUAACAGUGUAGCAAGGCUAAUAGCAGAUGGCUAACUCUAACUUUAGCGUGCAUAUUACAUGGUGCUUCACCGUUAACUCGGCGUGACCGAGACCAGCACAGCAGGGAACAUUAUGAAGUGGGUUGAACUGAAACUUUCUGUAAAUAUUGGUAAAUAUUGGAAAAUCAGCGAGUUUUGGCCGAUUACCGAUUAGUCUCAAACGGGCUAAAAUUGGCCGAUUUAACAGACUUGCCGAUAAAUCAGUCGGGCCCUACCAAAAACUCGUAGAAGAAUCACACUGGGAGGGUAGCAUAUCAUCCCAGCUCUACUUUGAGAAGUCAUAUGUCGUCAUAGGUGGCUACUUCAUGCUUUUUUGUAUUCUCUGUAUGAACACUAAUCUCAUACACAUCGUUCUAGUUAAGGCCUGAGAGGUAAAUGUGAGACAGCCCCACGUGUAGGCAGCUCUCUCCCACCUGAUAACUCUGCCUGAUGUAAGCUCUGAGAGCUGAACACUCCGCCGCAGUCAGGCCAUGUGGAAACUGUUGCGUUUCAGGGAGUGGAGCGGGAACACAUGGCGAGCCAUUAGCGGUCUGCUCUGCCUUCAGGCCUGCCGGGCUCUUAAUGUUCUCUGGAAAUCAUCACACCCAAUGAAACGACUUCCCUCGUCUUUGUUCUACAGGAAGAACUCGGAGACAAAAAGCCGAUUUGCUGCUGACAAUGUUGUUGACAUCUAUAACCUUUUAGCAGACUGCUCACCGGGCACUUUGAUUUACGUGUUGGCUUAUGUGACACUUUACAUCUUUUACGUUAACACCAGAAGACGCUCCGGUCGAAGUUUAAAGGCCAUCUUUAGUCAGUGGAUGGAUGCUGAUUGCUUCACAUUCAGGGUUUUUAGUUCUUGUGCUACAACGUGUGCAUUAUUUUCAUUGUAGGGCGUUUUGAAUAAAAGCUUUCACCACUUAAAAGCUUGCGCUCCAUAGUGUCCUCGAUGCACCCAUCCUCAUGGGUUUUACACUCAUUGUGGCGGUGCUGCUUCUAGCUGUGUCAGUGGAGGAGAAAAUUACAGACAGCUGAAAAGCUUGUGUGCGCUCACUGUGUGUGUUUCACUGAAAGGGAGGGAGCUGAUAAGAGUUUGCAGCGGAGGCAGUUAAAUCACAGUUCCUCCGAGAGGUUAUCUCGCUGUGUCCUCCCUUCUGCGUGUGUGACGUCAGCUCUGUGGCUCUGGUAGUUCAGCGGGUUUAAUGACUGACUGUGAGAGAAGGGCUCAUACUCACCUAAACAUGCAUUUAAGCAGACAAGUAGAUAUUUAAACUGUAACUGGACCUUGGUUCUCUCCAAGCAUGGAGAUCUAAGCGGGCUAACCUGCUGAAACGUCCUCAGAGGCUGGUGUAAAUUUACAGUAACCCUCAUCGAUUUCUCCACCAGUGUAAGUGGACACUGAUAAAACAUGUGCUGUCAGGCACUAAUGUAAGGUAAAUAAUGUACACUGUCAGGUCAGCUUGAUGAAAGGCUAUUACAGGCUGAUUUACACUGUCCUCUACAGUAAACACACAUAAUGUAACACUGCAGAGAGCCUUUUAAACACGCCUACAUGACUCUGAAUGUUAUGAUAAACGGCUUUUUAGCGAGUUUUCCCAGCAGACCUUAAUCUAUUUUUCUCAUUUUCCUGACUUAUUUAUCCCCUCCUGCUGUUUUGAGACAUUUUACAAUACAAACAUGAUCAGCUUAGGAGGAUAAAUUGCAAACUUACAAGAUUUAAGAUGUACUUUCAUAGGAAAAAGUAAUUACAGGGUUUUAUUGAAAAGUCUGUUUUUCAGCAUCUUGAUUCUUAUAACAAAGUGGUGCUGAAUUGCAUAAAGACAGCUCCUCUUAUCUCCCUUUUUAAAAUCACAUAUGGUUUUUCCUGAGUCUAAAUUUACAGCUUUGUUCUCAUAAAUUUCUGACUUUAUUGUCCAGAUCUGGAAAGCUUUACGUCUACAAUAUUGCCCUAAUACUUCGCCGUGCAAAACAGCCUUGAAUAAAGUGGAAGUCUGACCUCUGUUCCAAAACAGAGAACUCAAGUUUCUACAUAAUCGGCUUUUUGUAAAUCUCAGUGCUGACACUUGAAGGUUAUUACAGCCUCCAUUGUCUUUUAAGAAGUGUAGUCAGUGUUGAGCUGAAGCAGACAGAUCUAUACUACUAUCAUUAGAUUUAUGAAUCAAAAUGAGCCCAGAUAUAAAUAAAAUAGAACCCCUGUGAGUUCAGUGCAGAUCUGUAAAGCCUCGCCAAAUAAUCUCCGUAAUGAGGUCAAAGAGAAUCAGUGUGAUGUUUCAUGCAGAGGAGAGUAGCUUGACAUUUGGAGGAAUCUUGUUUAGUUUCUUAAUAAAUAUCACAAGUAACAGGAAGAAACAACAACAUAGAAGAAGCACCACUCUGUCCACAGGGGGCGCCAAUACUCAGUAUGUUUACAUGACACUUAAGAAAACUGAAUUAUUGCCUUAUUCCGAUUAAGACCAGACAACUGAAGUGAAUGUAAACACCUUAGUCCGACUAUAAUUGGAGUUUGAGAACUCUGAUUGCACAGACCUGUUGUUGUUGUUGACAGUCGUAUGGGGUCGGAAACAGCGCAGCUAAAAAGACCCACAUCGCCCCCUAGGUUUGGGGAGGAGGACACGUUCACAUCAUUAAUUCAGUUUUCUCAGCUGCAUAUUUACGGGGACAAGGAGCGAAGUCCGAUUAGGCGAAAAUACCGAAUUAUGAGCUUAGUCUGAUUAAGCUGUGCUUGCAAACGCACUGACUGACGCUCAUAGAAAGUUCCCAGUAGGAGCUUUAAACGACUGUUUUCUACAUCCUAAAACUUCUCACAGUUCUUACAGUUGACUAGUGUGUUAAAGAUUCAACAUCUAAGUCUUUGCACCAGUUUAACUCUCUGGAUCGUCAUGCUGAAGUGGUUCAGCAGAGGUCCCCCUUUGGUUGAGCGCUACAUCCAGAUAGAGAUCUCAGAGGUCAAAUCCACACAAACAGGAGUGUCAGUGUUGCUGCAGGAAAGCUGACCGUCAGGUCAAUAAACAACCCUGAUAACCUUUGUGUGUAAGUCCAGAGUUCAUCAGCAUUUUCAGAUUUGCUUAUUUCCUGUUUCCUGUCAACACUUCCGUCAUUCUUUAGCAAGAAAAUGCAGCAAUAAAUAUUUUAUCUGUACAACACAGGUCCUUAUCAGACAGGGAUUAUAAUUCUGAUGCAAUAUCUAAGAAAGGUUGUCAAGGUUUGAUUUAAGUGAAGUUUAAUCGUACUUGAACUUCCUGAAAGCCAAAGGUUAAGACGACAAGCCUGCAGUUUGUACGCUCUGGCCUAAACUAAUACUUGUUUUCAGUAAAGGUUAAAGGUCAGAGAUAUUUUCUGUGGGAACAAAAUUUCAGGCAUGAAAAGUAUGAAAAACAAAGCAGGUAACUGGUACUGGAGGGCCCUGAUUUUUUUUUAGCCUUUAAGCAGCGCUCAUUAAAAUCAAAAAUGACUCUGCAGUGGAAAUUUAUUUUAUUUUAUUUAAUUUUAUUUAUUUAUUUAUUUAACUUAUUUGAUUUAUUUAUUUAACUUAUUUAACUUAUUUGAUUUUAUAUAUUUAUUUAACUUAUUUGAUUUCAUUUAUUUAAUUAAUUUAUUAAACUUAUUUUCUUUUCUUUAUUUAUUUAACUAAUUUUAUUUUAUUUAUUUAUUUAACUUGUUAAACCUAUUUUGUUUUUUUUUCUUUAUUUAUUUAUCUAACUUAUUUAACUAAUUUGAGUUUAUUUAUUUAUUUAUUAAACUCAUUUGAUUUUUUUUAUUUAACUCAUUUGAUUUUUUUUCUUAUGUUUUUAUUUAUUUCGAACAUGUGCCUACAACACAAGAAAGUAAACUGAAAUCAACAAACAAAACCAAUAGAAAUAUUCAAAACAACAAUAACAAUAAUCAAUGCAAACAAAUAAAAAAUUGAAAUAAAAAAUAAUAAUAAUGCAAACCCAACAUGUCACUUCAAGGACUCAAUAUUAUAAACAAAAAUCACAAUCCUUCAACCUUGUUUUUUUCCUGCAUCCGCAAUAACAGGUUUCAGCUCAGUGUCUAACCCCCCCUUUUGUUUUUCCUUCAGGACGUCAUAGUCGGCUUCCUCUACAGCCUCCUGAUCCUGCUCUUCUUCCUGCCUGCUCUGGACACCAUCGACAACUUCAACCUAACUUGCCGCUACGCCCCGCUCAUCAUCAUCUCCCUCCACCUGGGCCUGGGCCUCUUCUCCUUCACCCUGGACACCUGGAGCACCUCGAGGGGCGACACCGCUCAGAUCCUGGGCACAGGGGCCGGCAUCGCCCUGGCCUCCCACGUGAACCACCUCCUGGGUCUGAUGCCCGACUCGACGCCGGACCAGCUCCCCCUCACCAUGCCCUCUUUAAGUGCCGGGCUGGUGGGUGCAGCUUUAGUGCGGCUCUUCUUGGGCGUGCUGGUUCUUCUGGCCACUCGUGCGCUGAUGAAGGCGGUCACCAUCCCGCUGAUGUGCCGGGUUUUCAGGGUGCCGUGCGAUGAUGUUAGGAAAGCGAGGCAGCACAUGGAGGUGGAGCUGCCUUACCGCUACAUCGUCUAUGGGACGGUUGGCUUCAACGUGCUCUUCCUGGUCCCACUACUCUUCAGCUACCUUCAACUCUCCUGAGUGGAUGUCAGUUCUCUUUCUGAUCAGAUUCCUCCAACUGUUCCUCAACUUCCUGAGUUGGAAAGAAAGUCAAUAAACUUUUAUCUGAAUGCUGGCAUGUUUUUCAGUUUCCCUCUUUUGGUUCAGGUUUGGACUAAGAGAUGAUCCAGGAGCGACAGACGGCUUCUCAAAGCCUUCCUGUCUGUCCUCUGAAGGACAGGACGUGGCUAAAUUUAGCCUUUACUGUUAACAGUUCUACCUGUGGUGAGUUAUCGCUCUGUUUCUCUUUUAGAUUGAUUUAAGUCGAAUCAAACGGCUCCUGGUGAUCCAAGGAAACUCUGGGACGGAGCCAAACUUUCACUCCUCUUUAACCAGCUCCACCUGAAACAGCAAAAAAAAAAUCAUUUUUGUAGCGGUGGCCUCUGAGAGACUGGAAAUACCACUGAGCGCUACUGAUAAGCCUAUGUCUCUGCAUCUGUGUUUUACUUUUGUCGUAGUUAAGAGUUCAGACGAAGAACCACACGAGUCUCUUUUGGUGAAACGGAAAUUUAUCCGACAUUUUGAGAACAACUUAGGUAUUUUUUCAUUGCCCAUUUACUACACCCAAAAUCGUCAGCACCAGUUAGUGAUAGGCAGUAUACUGGUUUCAUUUCUGACUAAUUCUUCACAAUAAAAGCCCCUAGUUGUCAUUUGACCGUUUGAAACACCUUUAUUUUGGCGUGUUGGAUGUUGAAGCUUCUUUUAAAAUCUUUAAAUCUGCUCUCAGGCACAUUCAUGAGCGCAGAAUGGCAUAACAAACUUAUUUUAAGGGUAAGAGAGAGUCAAAGUGGAUGAACAUGCCCGGUCUCUUUUUAUUUCUUAGUUUUGUGUCUUUACCUCUCCAAAAUUAAAUUUAUUCGAGCUCAAAGUGGCGUUCAGUUUGUGUGGUUCUUUGUCUGAGCUUCUUAAUUCGAUCUUCCUUCCUCGCCUCACUUAUUAAGCAAUAAGCUUUUGAUGAGUUUCAAAUCUGUAUUCUUGUAAUAGAGUGUAUUGAAAAUGAGAAAGAGCUUUUUUUCUUUCAGCCUGUGGAGUGGAAACCUGUGAUUAAGGGUACUUUGUUACCUGUCUGACAGAAAUAGACCAGAGUCCAAUAAGCUUGAGGCGUUUUCUAAAAGGGCUGCCUGCUCCCUGUCUGCUUUGUUUACUUCUUCUAUCUUCUUUUAGACAGAAAACUGUCUGUUCUUUGCUCUGUGAUUGAUUGUUUUUCCUGUUAGAAAGCAAUGACCGGGCACAUACUGUAGGAUCCAGAAGGAAGGAAGGAAGAAAGGAAGCAUCACUUGUUCAGGAAAUGCACAAAAAGAUUUAUUUUAGCAGUUUUUUUUUCUGUCUGCUGAGUUGCAAGAAAGAGGGUGACAGGAGUGUGUCUUCUUGGCUCAGCUCUUUUUUUUUCUUUUUUUUUUACACUGUAAGCCGACUUCCUGUCAGAGAUGAUCUUGAUGGCACGCACCCGCUUCCUGCGCCGAGGACGGUCUCAUCUGUUGGUGUCAGCAGGGAAGAGCAGAGGAGAUAAUGCCGCUCUCAGGAGGAAAGGCGCGUGGUGCGAGGAGGGCAGGAUGACAGUCCAGUUCAGGCAAAGAAAAAAAAAGAAAAAAAAGGUUUUAAAGCAAUAUUUUUAAACACUUUAGCUCAGAAGUUGAAUUUAAAACUCUAAAAUUUACUAUUGGGGUAUCGCUGUAAUCGUUUGGCUUUAAGUGAGAGUGUUCAAAGCUCGACAAAAACCAAUGACUGAAUCUUGAUUGGAAACGCUAUUUACAAAAUAUCUAGAGCCCCUUUUCUCAUAUGCACUCCUGACGUGUUCUAGGAACAUUUAAGCCCUGACAUUUCCAGGACAUUUCCCACAUCCACCUCAAAGUAGGAGGUCUUUUUGUCUCUCACAACUUGGAAAAACUUCAGUUUCUGCGUACCGUAUUUUUCGCACUGGAUUACAAAGCGCAUUAAGCCAAACAAAACAGUCUGAUAAUUCUAACUGUAUUUAACUCAUUCAAUAACUCCGCGAGGCUACGGUAGCUGCAGUGCUCCGACAAGCCAUCAGGCUGUGCGGCUUGGUAGCUUAGCGAAGUCGUAAUAAAACAUUUCGACAGAUUUUUGAGCGCCAUGUACCACAUAAAACUGGUUCGAGGUCAGUAUGCACAACCAGAAUUCAUACGUAAGGCGCACUGAGGAUUUUUGAGAAAAUUAAAGGAUUUGAAGUGCGCCUUAUAGUGGGAAAAAUACGGUAUGUAUGAUAAAAUUUUUGCUGUUCAUGUUCAAACAUGCCCACUUGAUGAAGUCCUAAAAUUUUCAGGAGUUUGUACAUGUGAAAAAGAGGCUCAGGAUGAGAUUUUGUCUUUAAAUGAACCUUGAAAGUGCAGAAAAAUGAGUUGACAUGCAAUAACUGGUGAUAGAGAGCGGGUCCACAGUUGUGACCCGUGAUACCUGAGCAUCCCUUAGAGACUACGUCGAUUGAGAAAUACUUGUAAUCUGUUUCGAACAUUUUUCCUAUCCCGUUCCACCCACUUCGAGGUAUCAAGGACUGACCGAAGCCUGAAGUUUGAUCACAUUCCUGCAGCAGUUGUGGGUGAAGUGCCUUUCUUAGCGCUGCCUUCUGCUGGUGACCUUUCACCUUUGAAACGAAGACCAACAAAGUAAGCGACAAACAUUUUAUGCUUUUCAAUUUGCCUCACUGAAAGCAGAAAGCUCAGCAGGAAGCAGAGUGUAACAAGCUGACUUGUGUGUUGUUAUUGUAUAUGGUACUGUCCUAUUAUGAAUGCACUGUUCCCAGAAUGCACUGUUUCCCCCCCUGAGCUGGGUAGAUCGAGUGAAUUUGGUCCUAAAGAUUGUGGGAUACUGGUAUAAAAUUUAAGAGUCAGGACUUACCCACAGUAGAAUAAAUGUUGGUAUUUGUAUUUGUGCUUUAAAAAAAAUUAAUUUAAUUUUUUCCUUCCUCUACUUUAAAAAGCUGAUUUAGUUAAUAAAAUAUUAAAACUAGCAAAAAGUUUUAAAGGUCAAAUUUUGCCUUUCAAUACACCCUCUAUCUGUGACUUAGGGCCUGUGUCCACUGACAGCAUUUUUUGUACUAUGUUUAAAACCAGCAUAAUUCAUCAUUCGAGCAUCCUGGACACUAAAACAGUUUUUGCAUAAGUGGAAAAUAAUUCAACACAUUUGGCUUCACCAUGCCAUGAUUACUCCCUCCUCUGUGACUAAGGGCCUGUGUCCAUUGACAGCAUUUUUUGUACUGUUCAUGUUUAAAUCGAUCAUAAUUUUAUCAUUUGAGCAUCCUAGGCUAAAAAAAAAAAAAAAGGUUUUUGCAUCAGUGGAAAAUAGUUCAACGCUCCUGGCAACACCACGCCAUGAUUACUCCCUCCUCUCUGACUAAGGGCCUGUAUCAACUGACAGCAUUUUUUUGUACUACUCAUGUUUAAAACCAGCAUUAUUCAUCAUUUGAACAUUCUGGGCACAAAAACUGUUUUUGCAUCACAGGAAAAUAGUUCAACGUUUCUGGCACAACCAUGCCAUGGUUACUCCCUCCUCUGCAACUUACCUAAAAUGAGAAGGGGCGGGGCUUUGUUAACAGCAAUGGUGUAGGUUUGUAUAAAAGCGAAACUAACCACAUUCAUCUGGGCAACAAUACAGUUUUCAAAUCUGGCGUUACCGCUCAUUUUUUUUGUUAUAUUCCUCUAAAUAAUAAUUAAAAAGUUGAAGUGAAAAGAACCCGUAAGCUGAGGUUUGAGAAAUGCAGUUGGUGUACACAGGCCCUUAUAGAGUGAUGUUUUUAUUUCUGUUGGUCCGCUCAUUGACAGUUUUUUAAUUCGGGCAUUAUCAGCAAAGAAAAUAUUAUCUGUAUUAACUGGUAUUAACUGGUAUUGCUGAUUAUCCACUCAGCUCAUUAAUUAGCUGAAUUUCUGCACCAUAAUGUAUCAUAAUCACCGCAGCACAGAUGGACCAGCCACGCCUUAGUGUGAAAGAUUGAUACUGUCAAAAAAGAUGUUUUUCUCCUUCCACCCGGCAUGUUUCACUUCCUGUGGCCUUGUUGUAGCAAUGGUUUUCUCUUUGUCUGAAUGUGGCUUCCCCUCUCUGCCUCUAAAAACAGGAAGUUUCGCUUUUUUUUCUGCUUUUAGAUUCUGAUUCAGACAUUUAAAUCCUCUGGUGGAGCUAUUGCUGUGAAAAAACCUCAAAGUUGCUCAAAAGGUUUAAAUGAAAUCAGGCCCUCCUGCACUCAUCAACAUAUACUGCAUAUUGAAACACGUCUCUAGCUCUGUCAGGUUUCUCUGAGAUUCUCUUGAUCUUGUCUUGGAGUCAAAAACACUUUGAGCAGAAACCACAAAACGCACACUUUGACCCGCAGCCAACUCCUCUGUCGGAUGAUAAGUAAAUCAGUGAUUAACAGGAGAAACUGUAAAGCGUUUAAACACAUGUCGGCUGUGAAUUAUAUAUCUUACUGAGGGGAUGUUUCCUCUGCAGAUGGAGGAGCGAUCAGAGUUAUGAGAUUGAUAAGAUUAAACCAAACUUCCUGACUCUGAUUACAACCCAUUCAGUUCGAGUUUACCCCCCGUUUCCUUGUGCGCGAGCGUGUGUACUACACUAAACAGCAAGUGUCUGAUUACGGGAAGGUUUUAUUUCAUGUGCAGUUACUCAUUUAUUUCACAGAGGGUUAUAAAAGAUGCAGCUUCAUAGUGCGGCAUUGUGCAAAUGAUGAAACUUGAAACUCAAAACAAACCAGAUUAUUUGAAAGUGGAAAAUUUUAUUCAGGAGAAUCAUUUAUUUCCUCAAACUGCUUAAAGGUACAAUGUGCAGUAUUUAGUGCAAUGUAGCAGAACAGUGUUGGUAGAAAUUGAAUUAAUUAAAGUGGCUUAAAGUGGACCUUAAGGAGCAAGAUACCUUUGACAGAAACAGUUAUCAUACAACACCAUAUUUCUACAGUAGCAAGGAAGGGACAAACUACUAUUUGUAUUUAGUUUAGUGACCUUGUAGUUGGGAGCCAAGAGUGGUUGUUGUGCGCUAAAUAACCAGUAUUUCUAAAAGCUUUUGAUGGUAAAAAAAAUUGGACAAACGGAGGAGCUUUUUGUCCUUCAAGGCCUCCGUAACUUCACUGUCAGGGAUGAGCAAGAGAGUAUUUCCAUCUAGAAAGUGACUGCUGUUUAUUGCUAAAUUCUCCCUUUUCUACACACUGUACCUUGUUGUCAAUUGAUACUUUUUUGUCUGAGCUUUUUGUCCUUGAAGGCCACCAUACCUUCAUUGAUAGAGUGAGCGAUGGAGGGUUUCAUUGUACGAAACGAGGUUGAGAGAGUGGUGGACGACAUGCCACACAGGGCUGCGUUAGAGUUUAGAGUUUUAUUUGACUUUAUUUGAUCUUUUAUUUCAGACCGAGUCACUAAGGAAACACCAAAUGUGGUAAAGAAAUCCCAUAUUUUCACUUUUAUCCCCACUUUUAUGUAGCACCUUUUAUACCAAUGUCCUCCCACCUUAAUAAAAUAUCAGGGAUUUUUUAAAGAAUAAAGACGGGAGCCUUCGGAGAGGCUCUGGAUCCUGUAGGCUUUAUCCUCAAACACAUCGGAGCGUCAUUUUAUCUCCUUUCUUCCUAAAAAAAAAACUGGAUCUCAGAGACUUUUAUAUGAAAUAAUCUCUGUCUUUGACCAAAUGUAAAGUAGGGAAACUGUUCAGCUUGUAGCUCGGUUAGCUGAAGUUUGCUCCACCUGUCCUCAUAGUGCCUUUAUUGAUCUUCAGGAACAUGAUUUGAAGUUUCAUGUAAAACCUCUGUUCUGGAUUUUGUUCUUAAUCUUCUUUUCCUCUUUGUCCUGUUGUGUUGCCUUUUUUGCACUUUGUAUCUCUUAUGUCAAACUGGAAAGACUCCCGGUGUUUCCUGGUUGGUUAUUCAGUUUUAAAAUGAGCUUUUAGUUCCUAUUGCUGCUGCUUGUUUAUUACUGCCUUCACAGAGAAAUCGCAGCAUGUGAGUCACUGUAUUUUAUGUCACUGUGGACUGAAUCCUGAACUGUUUAAUUCUCACUCUUGGUUGUAUUUGCUUUCACUCACUGCUUGCAUGAGAAAUGAGUCACGCAGUUUUUGUCUAAAUCAAAAUGAAACAAGCGUUGGUUUGUGUGUGUGUGUGGUCUAAGCUGAUUUAUUUUCUCUGAAUGGUCCCAGUCGGGAUUUUUUUUUUCUUUUAUUCCAGAUAGCUUGAUUUUUAACACAUCUGCCAGUUCUCGCUUUGAAAAACAGGGUGUCGUUUUGGGAUUAAACCCUUCAUAGCUUUCCAAAAAUGAAAGUAAACCCAGAAUAACGUGUUCAGUAGUGUCCUGAUUUGACAGAUGGGAACAUUAGAGAGCAUUUUAUGCAGUUGGACAGUAUUUUUUUAUCUAUUUCUUCAGAUUAUUUUUUUUUUGUCUGAUUUGUUUCAAAAUGAGGAUGUAUUUCUGUAAGAUUGUGUGAAAUGAACUGAAAUAAAAGUCAUAAUAAAAAAAAAAAAUCCUGUUUCUUUUCACUUAUUUUGUACGAGUUAAACAAGUUUGACAAAUUGAGGACCAUAAUUGGCGAGAGAUUUUUGUCCACAAAGGCCACCAUCCCUUCACUGAGAGGGGUGAGUAAGGGAGCACAUGUGUACCAGAAUUUGAUGGCACUAAAAAUGGUCAAAGGUCAAAAUUCUAAUUUGCUGACACAGAUUGGCGUGACAUGGCCUGUGUCCGAAAUGGACCCUUAACCCCUACAUAGGCGACUGUAUGGGGGUUAGCGCCAUUUUGAGGGAUGUCUGAAACCUGAGUGAUCAAUUCUAAUGCCCCAUAUAGGCGACUCAAAAUUUCCCAUAAAGCAUUGCAAAAUGUAGUGACCGUCCGACCAUGCAGACGUUUAACCAAUCUGUCGUGGUGAAGAAAGAGCUGAGCCGUAAGGCGAGACUCUCGAUUUACCGGUCGAUCUACGUGCCGAUCCUCACCUUUCCCCUUUCACCAAAGGGUUUCCUUUGCAGGGUGGCCGGGCUCAGAGUAAGGGUAAGGAGGUCGGACACUCGGGAGGCGCUCAGAGUAGAACAGCUGCUCCUCCACAUCGAGAGGAGUCAGCUGAGGUGGUUCGGGCAUCUGGUUAGGAUGCUUUCUGGACGCCUCCUGUUAGAGGUGUUCCAGACAUUUCCCAACGAGAGGAGACCUUGUGGCCAACCCAGGGCCAUGUGGAGGGGUUAUAUCUCUCGCCUGGCCUGGGAGCGGCUGGGAAUCCCCCCAGAGGUGCUGAUGGAAGUGGCUGGGGUGAGGGCCGUCUGGACUUCCCUCCUGAAGCUGCUGCCCCGACGACCCGGACCCAGACAUUGCAGUGGUGGCUGAUUUGAAAGGUACAACCCCCUUGCUACAUGUCUUCCCACACUCUCUGCUCCACACAUUUAUUGUUUGUCUUCAUCUGUCCUGUAAAUAAAUAAAAAAAAGAGACUACUUUAGGAAAUAUUUAGUGACUUUCCACAUUUGCAUUUUCUUGUGAGGAAUACUUGAUUCAUUUAGUGAGUUUCCUUCAAGGAGAACUGAGAGACCUCUGAACCAUCUGUGGAUAAACUGCAGCUGCAUUGACCGGGAAAUUAAAUCAGACGUCAACAGAAACACUGUGGAGAAGUUCAUGACGACAUACCCCACAGUUCCACAACGUCUCCUUUGGGCAGAGGGCCAAACUAAAACCUGGUUAACCUCCUCUAAUGCGAGACAGAGCGCAUGUGACGCUUCUUGUGGCUGAUCAUGUCUGUAAAGGUCUGUGAGGGUUUUCAGAGGCGCUGUCUCUUCUCUGUUUUUAUUCCUGCCUCUGCAGAGCCGCUCUUCAUGCACAGAUGGUGAUGUGGUGAUGUGGUGUGUCAUAGAAUGAACCGUUUUCCACGUCACUCUGCCAGGAGCUGCAAGGAGACACACUGCAGCUGCCGGCCUCGACAUUAAAGACAUUUCUUUUUGCUUCUUCUUCUUCUUUUUUUUUUUUUUUCUUGCUGCAUGCCAACAGGAAUGAGGCACACAGCACAGUAGUUAGUUUCUGUCAAUGUUUAAUGUUCAUGAGUCACAAACUGGAUUGAAACACCUGCUACCACUGAGGUCAAGAUGGUCCAGACUUUAAAGGUUUCUUUUCUGCAUAUAAGCUUCUUCAGAGACAUUGAUCCUCUGUUUUUAGUUUGUUAGAAGCUGAAGUAAAAGAACCCAAUACUUCUUCCCCCACUGAAUACACAAUGAAAAAAACAAAAAACAAAUCCUGAAUUAUGAUCCUAAAUCUUUAAAGCUUACUGUGGGGCAUAUUUAGACUUAUUGUCCUUUUAGCCAUUGUUUUACUUGUAAUCUUUUCUUAUUUAACCUUUUAGGCCUUUUAAUUGGUUUUAUUUUAUUUUAUAUAUUGUAUUGUAUUUUUUGUUUUUUAUUUUAUUUAUUGUGUCUAUUAUUAUUAUUAUUUAUUUAUUAUUUAUUUUUUCUGCUCAUUUAUGUUAUUCCAUUUGAUCAUUAUCACGAUCAUUAUUAUUUAUUAUUUUAUUAUGAUUAUUAAUAUUCUCUUUUUAUAUUUACUAUCCAGUUUCCUGCUUUCUACCCCCUUUUUUAUUACAUUUCUUUUUUUUUAACCUAUUUUAUGUUUUUAUUUUGGUCCUCAUGGUCUCAUUUUAUGUCGUAGGGUUGUUGUAUUGUCUGGGUUUCUUAUGACAAAUGAAAUUGACCUUCAAUUAAGGGCCUUGUUUUUCAGGCUGUAGAAAAGAAAAGCUCCAGGAUUACAUGGGGCCAAGUGUCUGAAACACUUAAAUUUAAGUCUUAUCCAAAAUUCACUGUGAUUUUUACACCUCAUUUAUCCCACCAGCUUAUCCUCCA